GCACGUGAGGAGGAGGUGGCUUGAGGCAACCAUGGCGGGAGGAAUGAAAGUGGCGAGCUGGCCGGCAGUUGGGCCCCUACCCUGGUGCUGGUGGGCCGGGGACAGAGGGGCGGUGUGGCUGCUCCUGACUCUCUCCGGCUGCAUGGUCUGCGGCUCAGCUGGAAUUGAUGUAAAUGUGGUCAUGCUUCAGGAGUCCCAAGAUUAUAUUAUGAAUAUCAGUCAACAAUUCUGUUAUAAAAACGUACUUAUCCCAAAGUGGCAUGACGUCUGGACACGAAUACAGGUCCGGGUAAAUAGUUCCAGGUUGGUCCGAGUCACCCAGGUGGACAAUGAGGAGAAACUGAAGGAGCUAGAGCAGUUUAGUAUCUGGAACUUUUUUUCUUCUUUCUUAAAAGAGAAACUGAACGACACCUAUGUUAAUGUGGGUCUAUCCAGCACAAAAACCUGCCUCAAAGUUGAGAUUAUAGAGAAGGAGACCAAAUACAGUGUCAUUGUGACCCGGAGAUUUGACCCCAAACUCUUCCUCAUUUUCCUCCUUGGACUGACACUAUUUUUUUGUGGAGACUUGCUGAGCAGAAGUCAGUUUUUCUACUAUUCCACUGGGAUGAGUGUAGGGAUUGUGGCCUCACUAUUAAUCAUCAUUUUUAUACUAUCCAAGUUUAUGCCCAAGAAAAGCCCCAUUUAUGUCAUCCUGGUAGGAGGCUGGUCCUUUUCUCUGUACCUCAUUCAACUCGUUUUUAAGAAUUUACAAGAGAUCUGGAGGUGUUACUGGCAAUAUCUUCUAAGCUACAUCCUCACAGUUGGAUUCAUGAGUUUUGCAGUGUGCUACAAGUACGGGCCUUUGGAGAAUGAACGAAGCAUCAACUUGUUGACCUGGACAUUGCAGCUGAUGGGCCUGGGCUUCAUGUAUUCUAGCAUUCAGAUACCGCACAUUGCGUUUGCUCUUAUUGUCAUUGCAUUGUGUACUAAGAACCUGGAGUACCCUAUUCAUUGGCUGUACAUCACCUACAGAAAGAUGAGUAAGGCAACAGAAAAGCCAGUUCCCCCUCGCCUCCUGACAGAAGAGGAGUAUCGGAUACAAGGAGAGGUGGAGACCCAAAAGGCUUUGCAGAACCUCCGAGCAUUUUGUAACAGUCCAGACUGCUCUGCCUGGAAGACUAUUUCUCGAAUCCAAUCUCCAAAAAGAUUUGCAGACUUUGUGGAAGGUUCUUUCCACCUCACGCCAAAUGAAGUUUCUGUCCAUGAGCAGGAGUAUGGAUUAGGGAGCAUUAUUGCCCAGGAUGAGGAACUUUCCUCUGAGGAGGAGGACUCAGAUUAUCAGUGCCCCACUGUCACACAGAAAACUUCCUGAUUUAGGUGGCAGUUAGUUACUUUCUUGUAGACUGGCUUGAUGCCUUGAUGGUCCAUGUUGUAAGUGCUGUGCGGUUCUUCCUGGACUUUAUAGCAGGCAGAAUGUGGUGCAGAAGUUGCUGCAAUGAGAGGACAGUGGUCAGUGAUCUUGGUGGUCUUCAAGGGAUCUUUGAGGACAGAGUGGAGAAAGCAGUGAAUGCUGUGGCGGUUUGCUUCUGUCGAUAUUGGUCUACUUUUCUGUUCCUAAAGAAAUUAGAUGGCCACAGCCCACACAACAUUUAGCUCCUGCCUGAAAGUUGGUUCAAUCAUGGCAACUCAGUCACUGUAGCUAACCCUCAAAAGUGAGUAUUAAGUGCAGUAAUGCUUUCAGGUCACAGGCUGCUGCAUCUGCUAGAGCGAAAUCUGCAAAUCUGAGUCACCUUCUGUUUGCUUCUAUUUCAGCUGCUUUUUGGAAUAAUUCUUAGCUAUUGAGAGAAAAUGGAUUUUUGCCUAUCUUGUUUUUUAAACAGAUUCUUAAAAAUGGAACAAAUUAAGCUGGGCUUGGUGGUGCAUGCCUUUAAUUCCAGCACUCGGGAGGCAGAGGUUUAUCCCGACCUAGUUGGAUCUCAGUGAGACUGAGGCCAGCCUGGUCUCCAUAAUGAGUUUCAGGACAACUGGGGCUAUAGGGAGACCUUGUCUUUAAAAAAAAAG